GCUCCUACUGGCAUGUUGGGGGAACCGCUUGGGAAUGGUCCGGAUGCUGUUGAAGGCCAAUGCUGACCCGAACGAGCCUUGCUGUGAGGGUUUCACUGCAGUGCACAUGGCAGCUGUCGAGGGACAUUUUCGAAUGGCUCAGAUGUUGCUGGAAGCCAAUGCCGAUGCGGAUAGAGCUGCGAAUUGCGGUGAUACUCCCUUAUUUUGGGCGUGCGCGCAUGACAAACUCCAAGUAGCCAAAUUGUUGCUGGAGGCCCGAGCUGACGCAGACAAGGCGACCUCACGUGGCGCCACUCCAACCCUGAUUGCAUCUUUCCAAGGCCACCAGGACAUCAUCCGUUUAUUGCUGGAUGCCCGUGCUGAUACA